AUGGCCUUCAUAGACACAGCCAUAAUUCUCACUGUCAUAGUAGUCCUGGGAACCAUAACCAGAUGUCAUGGCAGCCUGGUUAAAGACAACUCACUGCUGAGGUUCACACAUCAUUUUUACAAUGCCAGCAUUUAUGAGAACUCUGCCCCCAGGACCUAUGUGGAAAGCCUAGUCCGAAUGGGCAUCAUACUGUCUGAUCCCUUCUGGGGCAUCAAAUACAAGAUUGUCGCUGGCGAUGAUGAUGGCCUUUUCAAUGCCGAGGAGGUAGCUGUAGGAGAUUUCUGUUUUCUGAGAAUCAAAACACGAAGCAGUAAUUCAGCGGUGCUCAACAGAGAGGUACGAGACAUCUACACUCUUACCAUUGAGGCUACAGAAGGAACCUAUGACAACCAGGCGAGAACAAAGGUAUCGAUCCAGGUGCUUGACACGAAUGAUCUGAAACCACUCUUCUACCCUGCCUCUUAUCACGUGCUAAUCAAAGAGGACACACCAAUCAAAUCAAGCCUGGUGAAAGUGAGCGCAACAGAUGCUGAUAUUGGCCGCAAUGCAGACUUUUAUUACUCAUUCACGACUAGAUCACACCCGUUCGCUAUUGAUCCUUUCACCGGGACUGUUACACUUGUAAAGAAACUUGACGCAAGUCAGGGAGACCGGUAUGACCUAACUGUUCUGGCAGAGGACAGGACAAAGAAAAUCUCUGGUGUACAGAAGUUCGGAAAUAUCGCAACAGUUGUUGUGACCGUUCAGAAGGUUACCGAAAACUUUACCCUCACCAGUGGUCCAUCAUCCAUUCCUCAAAUGGAUGAUGACAAAAUAAGUGUGAACAUCAGGAUGGAACCCAAGGAAAAGGAGAAAGUGGCAUCUAUAAGCAUAGUUGAAGGGGAUCCACUUAAGUACUUUGAGAUUAUUCCAUCUGCUUUGCAGCAGGAUGGUGGAUUUCAACUGGUCUCAACAAAAUGGAUUAACUGGUCACAAAACCCAUUCGGAUUAAACAUUUCCCUUCAAGCCAAAGACAAAAGUAACCCCCCUUUGCUAACACCAGUAAAACAUGUGCACAUCCCUCCUCCUCAAAUGAAACCACUAAUGUUUGAUCAGAAAAACUAUCAUGUCACCCUUAGCGAAUUUUCUCCACCAAAAAGUCCCAUACUUAGAGUAUCUGUAGGUUUGAGUUCCAGAAACAUCACCUUCAGCAUCAAAGAAAACUCAGACAGUGAUAAAUUUAAAAUCAGUGCCAAAACCGGUGUCAUUGUAACCAAGCAGUCUCUUGACUUUGAAAAGCAAUCUCAUUAUGAGUUUGAUGUCACUGUUAAUGAUGGAGCAGCAGUUACCCAUGUCAUUGUAGAUAUUAUUGAUGAAAACGAUAAUGCCCCUAGUUUCACAUCGCCCUCAUACCAGGCUUCUCUGCCUGAAAAUGUUCCAAUUGGAACAAGCAUUUUGGUUGUCUCUGCCAUUGAUGUGGACAAAGAUAACAACGGUUUUGUCACCUACGCAAUAGCAAACACAGGUCCCGUGCCUUUCAGUAUAGACCCAUUGACUGGUGUGAUUUCUACCUCUGAGGAAUUUGAUUAUGAACUCAUGAAGAGAUGGUACCACUUGAGGAUCUGGGCCUCUGAUAGUGGCAGCCCUUUUAGCAGAGUGAGUGAAUGCUCAGUUACCAUCACCAUGACCAACAUCAACGACAACAUUCCAGUGUUUGAGCGGGUGGCGUGCAAUACCUCCAUACCCCGAGACUUUUCUGUGGGGAAGAGUAUUGCAGAGAUGUCAGCACUCGAUCUGGAUGAGCUACAGCAGAUUAAAUACAGAAUAGAGUCUGGGAACGAUGAUGGAUUGUUUGCCAUUGACUCCGUUUCUGGCAUCAUUAAACUUGCCAAGGCCAUCCCCUCAAACUAUGGAGACACUGAAAAUUCUGUCUAUACACUUAAAAUAACAGCAACAGAUGGAAAAUAUAGUGCUGACCUCAACACUGUAACUUUGCGUAUCACAGGCAAGGGACAAGGUGCCACCACACAUUGCGAGGAGACCGGAAUUACUAAGCAGCUGACAGAGAAGCUUAUUAAAUCAUUUAAGCCUUCACUCACUGUCAAAGAGGAAGAGUCUAUCUCAGAUGUUCACAUCAUUAACCACCACUCUCCAAAGUUUGUUGUGGGCACACCAAGCUCGAUUGACAUCAGGGAAGACUUUGCUCUCAAUAGAUCAGUGGUACAGUUGAAUGCCAUUGAUAAUGAUUCUGGAUUUAAUGGAAAGCUUGUCUACGCAAUUUCCAGUGGAAAUGAGGAUGGAUGUUUCACAAUUGAAAUGAACACAGGGGACCUGAAGGUAAUUUGUGCAUUGGAUCGAGAGCAAAAAGAAUUUUACAUUCUGAACAUAACAGUGUACGACCUGGGAUCUCCACAAACCUCUACAUGGAAAUUUCUUGCUGUCAGUAUUUUGGAUGCAAACGAUAAUCCACCAUUAUUUUCGCAGCCGAGAUAUAUUGUAAACGUCCCUGAAAACAUAGAGACUGACAAGAGCAUCUUCAAAGUCAGUGCAUUGGAUUUUGACCUUGACGACAAUGGAGCAUUUAUAUAUUCUCUGUUAACCUUUACCAAUUUGUUCACGAUAGAUGAAGUCACAGGGGUAGUAAAGGUAACUGGCCAUUUAGACAGAGAGAACUUUAGUAGAUAUGACCUUAAAAUUGAGGCUAGAGAUCAAGCAAAGCAGGACCCUCAGCUUUACUCAUUUGCAGAUCUAGUGGUUGUACUGGAGGAUAUCAAUGACAACCCUCCUAAGUUUGUACCCACAGUCUACAGGAUCAAGGUUCCAGAGGAUGUUCCACCGGGUACUGUGCUUUUAUGGGUGGAAAGCUUUGACUUGGAUCUGGAAAGUGGAGGACUCAUCAGCUACAACUUAAUGAACAAUGAAUCCAGAACAUUUUUAUUGGAUACAUCAACAGGCGGCCUGUCUCUUGAGCAUGAAAUGGAUUUUGAAAGACAACAGUUUUAUAACCUAACUGUUCGAGCUGUAGACCACGGAAUACCCCGGUCUUUAUCGUCUUCAUGCUUCAUUGAGGUCGAAGUGCUAGAUGUCAAUGAAAAUCUAAAUCGGCCUCUCUUCACCCUUUUUGUACAUAAAGCAGCAGUAAAGGAGGACGCUAAAGUAGGAACCUCAGUCUUGACACUGACCGCUGUAGAUAACGACCAAGGACGAGAUGGAGUAGUGAGAUACUACAUCCAUGAUGGCUCAGGGCUUGGCGUCUUCACGAUUGAUGAAGAAACAGGUGUAAUCCGAACCGCAGGCUCUCUGGAUCGUGAAGCUGUGCCACACUAUUGGCUGACAGUUUAUGUGAAAGAUCUGGGCACUGUACCACUGGUAUCCUGGACUGAGGUCUACAUAGAAGUUUGGGAUGUUAAUGACAAUCCCCCAGAACUGUCUCAACCUGUCUACUUUGUCUCAGUGCAAGAGAAUCUGCAAAAGGACAAAUCAGUGCUCAAAGUAUCUGCCACAGACUUGGACAAGUCCUCUGAGGGAAAACUAACUUUCCAGAUCCUUGAUUCACAGCGCAAAUAUUUCACCAUUGACACAAAAACAGGUGUGAUCAGCACCCUUGCUGCCCUGGACCGGGAACAAAAAGCUGAGCAUAUUAUUGAGGUGAUGGUAUCAGAUGAAGGGGCUCCUCCAUUAAGCUCCACCGCCACUGUAAUCAUUGAAGUCCUAGAUGAGAACGAUAACAGCCCACAAUUCAGCCAUAAGCUUUUCCAGGUAAAGCUGCCUGAAUGCCAGAGCUCGGCCGAGUUGCAAGACAUCUACAGGAUGGUGGCCCGCGAUGAUGAUGUGGGGCCCAAUGGCAUGAUCAGAUACAGCCUAGAAGACACCAUUGAGGAUCGUUUUGAUAUCCAUCCCAAGACCGGGGUGGUUACAGCUAGAGGAGUGUUUGUUCGAGGCAACUACAGUAUUCUGACGAUAAAAGCGACAGACCAAGGCAACCCUUCAAGAAUGUCUAAGGCCCGUUUGCAUGUCGAAUGGCUGCCCCAACCUGAACCCAGCUCCGAAUUGCUGGCUUUUGAUGAGCCCCCCUUCAGCUAUGUGGUUAUGGAGACAGAUCCCAUCACUGACAUGGUGGGAAUCAUCCGCACAGAGAUUACUAAGAAUCUUCUCUGGUUUGACAUUAUCGGUGGAGAUGAGCAACAUGACUUCUACAUUGAGAAGAACACAGGGAGUAUUGUGAAAGCCCGACAUCUAGAUGCAGGCAGAACAUCUCAUUACAACUUAACAGUCAGAGUCACAGAUGGAUUAAAGGCCAUAACCACUCAGGCCUACAUUCAAGUAGUGGAUAUAAAUGAGCAUCGGCCCAUGUUCUUGAAAAGCAUCUAUGAGGUGAGAGUGCCAGAGGACACAGCACCAUGGAAGGAGAUCAUUUACAUCAGUGCCCAGGAUGCAGAUGCCAACAGUGGGCUGUUUUACAGCAUUCACAGCAGCCUUCACCCAGACAGCCUCAAGUAUUUUCACCUGGACCAAAGGAGCGGUGCGCUCGUCAUGAAGGAGGAGCUAGACUAUGAGAGCAUCUCCACUCAUACAUUGAUUGUGAUGGUCCGAGAUGAGAAGAUCCCAAUAAAAAAGAACUUUGCGAAGGUUGUUGUGCAUGUAGAGGACUGUAAUGACCAUAUCCCCACCUUUAUGAAUACGCAUUAUGAAGGCACCAUAACAAAUUUAGCUCUCACUGGCACAGAAGUGCUGAGAGUCAAAGCGCUGGAUAAAGAUACAGGGAGCAAUGCAGAGAUUGUUUAUUCCUUUCACUCUGGUGGGAAUGUGGAUGGUGCCUUUGAAAUUGACCAGGUCACAGGAAGCAUCCGUGUGGCUGAUGCAUUAGACAGAGUUCCUCAGGAGCAGUAUCACCUCACAGUUAAAGCCACAGAUCAGGGCUUUCCCCAACACACUGCCCUUUGCUCGGUUACCAUCGCUGUCAAGCUGUCUGAAUUCACACCACCCAGGUUCUCCUCCCAUGAAUACAUCACAGAGAUAAGUGAGGCCAAACCUCCCGGCUCCCCUGUGCUAUCUGUCUCUGCCAGCUGCCCGUCCUCCGUGCUAUAUAAAAUCAAUGAUGGUGACACCAGUGGGACAUUCCACAUCAACGAGAACUCUGGACUGUUGUCCAUUCAAAAAGCAAUUGAUUUUGAGCUAAAUCCUUCUUACCGUCUGCAAAUAAGAGCUACAACUACAGCAGGAGUCUCAUCUGAUGCUGUGGUUUAUGUAUAUGUGAUAGAUGAAAAUGACAAUGCCCCUGUUUUCCAUCAGGACACUUACCAUGGCCAGAUCAGCGAGUCAGCUCCUGUGAACAGCAUGGUGACUGGGGACAACAACUUGCCUUUAGUGAUCAAGGCAUCUGAUGCAGACAAAGACACAAAUGCUCUUCUGGUCUUCCAGAUCCUAGAGCCUGCAGCUCAGAAGGUGUUUAAAAUAGAUCCAAGCAUGGGAAGCAUCUCUUUAAAAUCUACAGUUGACUUUGAGUCAACGCCUGAAUAUUUCUUCAAUGUUCAGGUCUGGGAUUCUGGUGAGCCCUCAUUAAGUGCUUUCAAGCCUUGCAGGAUAAAUAUUCGUGUCCUGGACUAUAACGAUUGUCCUCCUAAAUUUGCUUUACCUGUAUAUGAAACUGCCCUCUCCUUACCUGUUUUUGAAGACAUGAAAGUAAUCCAAGUGACAGCUCAUGAUGCAGAUUCAGCAGUCACUUACACAUUUUCAGGGAGUAAUCAUAAUAAUGUUUUUAAAAUACACCAAUUGACUGGAAUCAUCUCAUUGAAUGACUUGUCUGAGCUAAAGCCCCAUACUGAGUUAAAAGUUACUGCCUCCGAUGGGCUAUACAAAGACACUGCCAUAGUGAAAAUCAAUAUCACUGAUGCAGCAAAGACUAGUCUGAAAUUUGAGGAGAAGAUGCAUGAAGCCACGGUACUGGAGAACACUACAUCUGUACAAAUUUUAGCCGUUUUAAUAGCAAAAGGUAGCUAUCUAAAUGAGCCUUUGCAGUACACUGUACUAAACCCACAGGGCAAAUUUGUUGUGGUUCCAUCAUCUGGAGUUCUGCAGACCAUUGGCAUUCCUUUUGACCGUGAAGAACAGGAUGAGUAUGAUGUAGCUGUGGAGGUCAGAGACACAAGACAUCCACCACGUGUAGAUGUCACUCAUGUUAAGGUGUAUAUAGAUGAUAUCAAUGACAAUGCUCCUAAGAUAUCAAAUUUGCCUCAUUCGCUGAUGAUAUCAGAGGAGAUCGAGCCAGGGGAUGUUCUCUUCCAAGUGCUGGCAACUGACAAGGACUUCGGCAAGAAUGGAUCAAUAAUAUUUUUACUGGAGGAUGAUUUUAGUUUUUUCAGAAUUGACCCUUAUCUUGGGGAUGUGUCCCUGCAAAGACCUUUAGACUUUGAGUCUUUGAAUAAAUAUGUGCUCACUGUACUGGUAUCAGAUGAGGGUGAGCCAAGUCUAUCAGCCGCUGGAACACUCUACAUUCAAGUGCAAAAUCGUUCUCAUCCAAUAUUUCAAAGCCUGUUCUACCCGCUAAAAUUACCUGAAAAUAUUACUCCUUUUACAACGAUCCUGCAUGUACAAGCAAGAAACCCAGAGGGAUACCACCUAAUCUACAGUCUUGAGGAAGAAAGCACCUCCAGAUUUUUUCACAUCGAUUUCAAAACAGGAGUCUUAAGUGUCACUGAUUUCCUAGACUUCGAGACUCAAACAAAGCAUAUUUUGACUGUUCGAGCCACAGAUUCGGUGACUGGCACUUUUACAGAAGCCAAAGUGGAGAUUGAUGUGGAAGAUAUAAAUGACAAUAACCCAGUCUUUCAGAGGCUUACUUAUGUUGCAGAUGUGUCUGAAGGCCUUCCAAUAGGCACAUCUGUUAUACAGGUUUCUGCCGUUGACAAAGAUUCUGGCAGCAAUUCAGAUUUAACCUACCAAAUUAUUGACAAAGAAACAGAUUUAUUUGAAAUCGAUCCACUGAGUGGGAUUUUGGUGACGUUACAAUUGUUAGACUAUGAAACCACACAGCAGUUCACUCUGAAAGUGAAAGCCACAGAUAAAGGUACACCUCGGCUCAGUAGUGUGGCCCACAUCAUUGUGAAUGUUGUCGAUGUCAAUGACAACCCCCCAAGUUUUAUUGAACCAUCUUAUCGAGCCACCCUCGAUGAAAUGGCCACUUGUGGCCACAUAGUUAUCAAAGUUCAGGCUUCAGACCCUGAUAGUAAGGAUGACCUCCAAUAUAAAAUACUCUCAGGAAAUGAAGGCAGAUAUUUUUCUAUUAAUGAAUCAUCUGGACUUAUCUCAUUCUCUAAUGUUUGCAAGAGAAAUUUGGAUCCAUUUUAUAACCUCACUGUUGCAGUUUCCGAUGGCGUGUUCCAAAAUACUGCCCCUGUUAACAUUGACAUGACAAAUGACAACAAACACAGCCCCUAUUUUAGCCAGAACAUUUAUGAGGCUGAUCUGGCAGAGAAUGCAGAAGUGGGAACCCGUGUUAUCCGACUGGCUGCUAUUGACCCGGACGACGGGCCAUAUGGCAGUGUGGACUACACCAUAAUUAACAAGCUGGCCGAUGAAAAGUUCUCCAUAGAUGAAGAUGGACAAAUCAUGACUUCUCAGUCUUUGGACAGAGAAAAUCCCUCUCAAAGAGUGAUUGCUAUUAAGGUCAUGGCUAAGGAUGGUGGAGGAAGAGUGGGCUUUUGCACUGUAAGGAUUAUUCUAACGGAUGAGAAUGAUAACGCCCCUCAGUUUAAAGCUUCAGAAUAUCAGGUUUACAUUCAGUCGACAGUAAACAAAGGCUCGCCGGUGAUUCAAAUAAUGACUUAUGAUGCUGAUGAAGGCAAAAAUGCUGAUAUCACUUACACUGUAGAAGAGGCGGAGGAAGUUACAGAGGACAUAAUUGAGGUCAACCCUUUUACUGGAGUGGUCAGUGUCAAAGAGAGUCUGGCUGGGUUAGAGAAUAAGAUUUUCAACUUCAAAGUUAAAGCUCGGGAUGGAGGCAUUCCUUUUUACAACUCAUCUGUGCCAGUAAAGGUCAAGGUGAUCCCACCUGAGGUGACUCUGCCCAGGUUUACCGAGCCCCUGUACUCAUUCUCAGCCUCUGAGGACCUCCCUAUCGGAUAUGAGAUUGGCACGGUCAAGGCUGAUGCUGACAUGCCUCUGAUAUACAGUUUGGUAAAUGGUAACACUGUGGACAGCAACAAAGACCAUAUUUUUGCAGUUGACAAAGAUAGCGGUACAGUUGUGGUGCAGAAGAAUGUUGACCAUGAAAAAACCAAGAUAUAUAAGAUUGACGUUAUUGCUCAAGGUAAUCACAAUGGCACUGAUGUAGCAUCUCUUGUGUCCGUUCACAUAGAAGUUCAAGAUGUUAAUGACAAUCAGCCAAUGUUUGAGGCUGACCCGUAUAAGGCCUUCCUUGCAGAAAAUAUGCCUACUGGCACCACAGUUAUUCAAGUGACAGCUAAUGAUGCAGACACAAACAUCAACGGAGAAGUCUCAUAUACACUUGAUCUGGAGUCAGAUGAUGUUGGCGACAUGUUUACCAUUGAUUCACAAACUGGCUGGAUCACUACCUUAAAAGAGGCUGACUCUGAGACCAAACAGCUUCAUAGAUUCUAUGUGGUGGCCACUGAUCAUGGUGACCUUGUCAAGCUGUCUUCUUCAGUUCUAAUUGAGGUAACCAUCAUGGAUGAAAAUGACAACCCACCUCAGUUUACAGAGGAGAUCUACCAAGGGUCCAUCCUGGAGAACAGCAGGCCUGGAGAGCCCAUUGUUACUUUGACAACUGCUGAUAUGGAUGUAUCUGCAGAUAAUAGGCAGAUUGUAUGUUACAUAACAGAUGGAGACCCACUGGGCCAAUUUGCGGUCGCAGAAGCAGGAGAGGAGUGGAGAGUGAUUUCCAAAAGUCCACUUGACAGAGAAGACAAUGACAAAUACACCCUUACAAUAAUGGCCACAGAUGGAAGGUUUCAAACGUCUGCCAAUGUGGAGGUCCAUGUUCUUGACAUCAAUGACAACAGUCCUUUGUGUGAGCAAUUGCUUUAUACUGAAGCAGUCAUGGAAAAUUCCCCAUCAGGCUUGUUCAUCCUAAAGAUUUCUGCUUCUGAUCCCGAUAUUGGAACAAAUGGACAAGUCUCAUUCUCUCUUCAUGGUCCUAAUGCACACAAGUUCCAUCUUGACUCCAGAACUGGAGAGCUAUCCACUCUUGCUGUCUUGGACAGAGAGCAGGAAUCAGAGUAUGAUGUUGUUGUCAAAGCGACUGAUGGUGGUGGACGCUCUUGUCAGGCUGACAUCACACUCAUGGUGCAGGAUAUGAACGACAAUCCGCCACAAUUCUCCACAAGCCAUUAUGAGAUCAAUGUGUUUGACAACACUACAGUUAGGACACCUAUUGCUGUCAUCUAUGCCAAAGAUCAAGACACGGGCAUAAACUCAGAGGUGAGGUACUCUCUUCAAGGUGCAGACAGUGGCUUCUUCUCUCUGGAUGAGAUCUCAGGCAUUCUGAGACUGGAGAGAUCUCUAGCUGAUGAGACCAAGUCCACCUAUGAGAUGAAAGCGAAAGCCACAGAUCGAGGCCUCCCUCGCCAACUCUUCUCCAUUGCCACGAUUACUGUACAUGUGGUCAUCCUAAGUGAUUACCAACCAUUGUUUCUUAACUCAGAGUACUCUGUACAGAUCCCAGAAUCAUCUAAAAUAGGGUCGGAGGUGAUAAGUGUGUCAGCCCUUGCCAAGGAUGGCACUGAAAAUGAGCCUGUGCGAUAUACUAUCAUCUCUGGGAAUGAGGAUGGCAGAUUCGAGAUAAACCCCAUAACAAGUAUGCUGUCUGUGAACGCCACGCUGGACUUUGAGAUGACCCGUGAGUAUUACCUGUCAGUGGAAGGGGCGAGGGGCAAAACAUUGCUCACUGACAUCACCACGGUUAUCAUCAAUAUCACGGAUGUCAACGACAACCCACCUGUCUUUAACCACAGUAGCUACAGUACAGAGAUUGCAGAGGAUAUAUCACCUGGGGACAUGGUUCUGCAGGUAACAGCCGUCGACUUUGAUGGGCCACCAAACAACUUAAUCAUCCACUCCAUCGUGAGCGGUGAUCGCAAACAGCAGUUUAAAAUCGACCCUCGCACGGGCCUCAUCACAGUGCGUUCCAUGUUGGACAGGGAAGAGAUAACACACUACUCAUUAACUGUGCAAGCUGCCGAUGAGGGAGAUCCCCCAUUAUCCUCUGCCGUCCAGGUGACAGUGACUGUAUCUGAUGUCAACGACAACCCACCAAUGUUUUCACAGAUCAAUCACAGCCUCAUUCUUCAGGAAGGAGAGGCUGUGGGGAGUGGAAUUUUGCAGCUGCUGGUUACUGAUAGAGAUACUCCUCAGAACGGCCCUCCCUUCUCCUUCCAUAUUGUCUCUGGAAAUGAGGACAAGACCUUUCACAUUGACCAAGGUGGACUGCUGUCCAUAUCCUCCCAACUGAGGAAGAGAAGCAAGCCUCAAUAUCUAAAAAUCCAGGUCACUGACAGUGGGCACCCUCCACUCUCUUCUAUAUGUGUGGUGAAGAUCAACAUCACAGAGCAGAGCAGAUAUCCACCCACUGUGUCUCCACUAGAGGUGUUCAUCACCACUGCUGGGGGGACUUUCUCGAAACGGGUGAUCGGCAAGCUGCACGCCACCGACCAAGAUCCGCACGACAUCCUUUCAUACAAACUUGCCUCUGAUGACCUGGAAAGAGGCCUGUUCUCUGUAGACACAGUGGAUGGGAAGAUCAUAGUGGAGAAGGACCUGGAUCCAGGCCUGUAUCAACUGAAUGUGAGUGUGUCGGAUGGGAAGUUAAGCGUCUGGGCUGGGGUUAAGGUUCACAUUUGGGCUGCUUCUCAGCAUGCUCUGGAUCAAGGCUUCACAUUGCAGUUAGCUGGACUUUCAGCUGGGGAGUUUGUAGCUGAUCAUUGGAGAAGUCUGCAACGCAACCUGGGCUUGGAGCUCAACAUACCCAGACAAGAGCUCCACAUCGCAAGCUUGCAACAGCAGCCGGAUUCUGUCAACUUGGAGGUACUGUUGGUCCGCCGAGCUCAGGAUGGCUCGGUUCAACCUGUGCCUGCUAACCUUCUGACUGGGGUCCUCUCGUCCGUGGAAGAUGCACUGGGUUUGAAUGUUCUGAGACUGAAGCAUGAUGGUUGUGUGGGUGUUGGAUGCCCACCACGGGGUUGCAGAAACUCAGUAGUGAUGAGAGAGGGUAGAAUGAGUAACUACGCCACAGCACGAGCUAACUUCAUCACACCACAGCAUAGCUGGGAGAGUGUGUGCUUCUGCAACGAAUCUGCUUUGAGAUUUGAUGGCAAGGGUUAUCUGAAAUACCUCUAUCAAAUGGAAGAGGACAAACAGAACUUCCACUUGUCUCUUCGACUAAAGACAUCAGAUACUGAAGGCAUAGUAAUGACCACCAAUGCCUCUGACUGGGGAAUAUUAGAGCUGGCGGACAAGGAGCUGCGUUUCAGAUAUAGAUGUGGCAACAUGUUCCCUACCAGCCUGCAGGUGGCCAACCACCCUGUUGCUGACGGUCAUUGGCAUCAUGUCUCUCUGGAGGUCAAUGGCACAACUCUGAGCCUCACCAUAGAUGCCAGCCACACCAACUCAAUCGUUCUGCCACAACCUUGCAAGCUAACUCAAUCCGGUGGGGCCCUGAUGCUGGCCAGCUCUAAUCCAAACACAGAUGCCCAGCGACUGGGCUUCACAGGAUGUUUGGAGAGCUUAGAGUUCAAUGGAGAGACAAUGAGAAAAGACAAUGGGGUGCCAGGAACUGGCCCACAGAGUGGCAGACUCUUUGGGAUCUACCAGUGCUGUUCUGAUGUGAAGAUCUGUGCCAGUAAUCAUUGCGAGAAUGGAGGCACUUGUGUUGAAGACUCCAGUGGAGAGUUUCGCUGUAGCUGUCCAUUGCUGUUCCAUGGUUCUCGCUGUGAGAAGGACAAUCUGACAGUCAACCCUUGCACAUCUCAGCCCUGUACUCUUGGCUUGUGCGUGCCAAACACUCAAGGUUACACCUGCAACUGUUCUGAUCAAAUUGCUGUAAACGGAUGUAGAAUAGAUGCAUGCACUCCAAAUCCAUGUGUUGCCGGUUUUGCCUGUUCAAUGGCAGAAAACUCAAUCCACUGUGAGCACACCACAUCCCCUCCUUACGUGGAGAUUGCAGAGAUCUGUGCAGGCAUACUGGGACUUGUCCUCCUCAUUGCGGCCUUUGUGUGUUUCCGAAAACGCUACACCAGCAAUAAAAAGCACAAGUCAGGCUGUGUGCAAGAUUCCAACAGUUACUUCAAAACUUUAACCAAAAGCAUGAUGAAAGAAACUGAGAUCAGCUCUCCUAAUGAGAUCAGCACUAUGAUGAUUGGCUUAGGAAGUGAUCCGGACCACAGUCCCUUCCGUUCGUUGAAGCCUCGUGAACAACGAGAGCUCGGCCCCCAGGUAGGGUCUCGAUUGCAGAGGCCUCAAGGCCCUGUGAUUUGCAGUGUGGCCCCUAAUCUACCUCCACGACCCUCUUCCAGCUCCGAUAACGAUUCUAUUAUCAAAAACAACUGGGAGCACAACUAUGAAGUGUAUCCAGCUGAUCCUGACUACUAUGGCCGGCCUUCCGUUCAAGCCGUUCAAGAAUUUCCACAGUUUGACAUUGUGGAGAGCACAUACUCAAAUGCUCCAACCGAGUCCCGCAGAAACUCUCGUUUUGGAGGCUUCCCAUUCCCAAUUGAGCGAGCCGAUCGCCGUGCUCCAUUGCCCCCUUGUUACAGCAACCAGAACUUAGAUGACUUCCUGGGGCCAGAUGGGCGGCCCCUGCCCAGCACUCAGUGCCCUAAUGAGUACACUGCGAUAAGCUACUACCCUACCCAGCACGCUCACAGCCUUGACAAUGUAUCCAGUGGCUAUAAGAGACUCAGUGUGCGUUUGAGCGUGGCCCAGCCUUCCUAUGCGGACAGUAGUGGAUCCAAGCAGGCUGGAUCUGUUAGAAGGACAUCUCGCUGUUAUGCUGGCUCAGAUAUGGUAGAAAGUGAUUAUGGCAGUUGUGAGGAGGUCAUGUUCUAGGCAACAGAUUGAGGACUCUAAUGGAUCAAGUAACCUGGAUGGUUUAAAAGGUCUUGUGUGAGUGGAAGUUACAGACUGGAAGGCCAUUUCCUACAUAUAGUAUAUGAAGCACAAUGGCUAUAAGCCACAGAGGCACUGAGACUAUCAGUAUUAAUAGUCAUAUUCAGGGAAAAAUUUUAUAUCUUUUUAAAAUCAAAGUUUCCUGAUUUGCCCUUAACAUGUCUGUAGAAUUAUGCAUGGCUUUAAGAAGUCUACAGUAUGGUUAUAAAUGACAUAGUCUGGAGCUUAUUUGCCAUUGAUUGGUAUUAUGUAUUGCCACUUCAAUCUUACUCCGUCCUGUUCUUAAUAAAAAUACUGUAUAUUUUUAUCAGCUCAUUUGUUAAAUAACUGAUUGUAGUGUUGCAUGUCAAUAUCAGCUUGGAUGCCAGCUGUGGGACGGCUGAUUAUUUCUGUAAACAUAGCUGAGGUAGGUUAAGUCCCAUAUGUGCUCACAGAAACCAGCAUGCUAUGAAAUUUAAAUAGUUUUCAAACACGCCAUAUGGCAUAUGCAUUUCUGGUGGUGCAAGGCAAGACCAUAUUUCACAACAACAAAAAAGCAGUAUAGAAUUUAGUGAAAAGAGACUGAAGCGGAGGCUGGUUCCUUGCUGAAUCAAAGUAAGUUCACAACGUGAAAUAACAAUUGUUUAUGAAAUAUCAAAUAUAUUGUAGGGCCCUAUUACAAUUUAUUUUGUUUGACUGAUAUCAGUGGCUGUUGGAGAAACGUAUUGCUGGCUUUUCUGUUGAGAUUUGUCUAAAUUGUCCUUGGUGAAUAGUAAUUACAGAAAUGCAGUAAUUUAGAAUGUGAACUCUGCACUAGCUUCUAAUGCUGCAGACAUUAUGCAGUGUUAGGAGUUUUCAGUGAUCAAAGGCAAUCAAACUCAAGCCAUGGGAAUUUCCUAUGCAGCUUCUCAUGGCUCAAUUAUCCUUCUUGACAAACUGUCAUAAUGCUUCCAAAACAUGAGAAAGAUCAAAAAUACUUGCCAAAGUAGGAAAGAUCAUCUGCUAAUGAGAUAAGGAUGGGGAGAAGCAACUUAUAUAUGUGAAGAUUAAAAACAACAGCUGCAUUUUAUAUACUAAAGAGAUUCCAUCUUUGAUCUGUAUUCAUAACAGUGAUGUGGUCUUUAUGGUUCAAUAUUCUGUUGUUUUGAUUUUAAAGAUUGAAUAUGGAUUUCCAACUCAGCACUUCUUAUUUAAUGCAAAGAUGAUGUUAACGCUAAUGUCAGCACACUGGCCAUGUCAUCAAAUUAUUUUGCAUGUGCUCAAUUAAACUGCAACCCUCCUUAUUGUAGUGUUUAGUCUGCAGUGUUUCAAAUUUGAUAUAGUUCAGUGUUUAUGUACAGUAUGUAUAAAUUGCAGCUGUAGCAAGUAUUUGUAGAGACUGUGAUGUUCAUGGCAAACUGCUAGUUGUUUUUGUAGUUGCUGGGUGUGGUUUUGUGCAGUAAAUUGCGAACGCAAAUGUAACUUUUUGUGUAUUUUGUAAAUUCAUUGUGGGUUGAAUCCCAUGCUUUAAAUGAAUUCCUCUGUGAGAGAAUUUGUGUUGUCUUUGCCAUUUCUCAUCUCUGUAGAAAAUACUAUGAAUUAUGUCUAUCAAAAUAAAAUGAUGUUUAAUAUACAGAAUG